AUGGAGGUCGAUCUACCAUAUACGCUUGAGUCGAUCGCGGAACUGCCGGGUCACCAGGACCGCGCCUGGGACAUAUCAUGGAACCCGACGAAACCUUUACUGGCAACAUGCUCUGCGGAUCGGACUGUACGCCUGUACAAUUAUAGCAAUCCACCUGACGCGACUGUACCGACAUUCUCGUUGCACACUUCUAUACCGACGGGUCAUACGAAAACAGUACGCUCUGUCGCCUGGUCUCCCAAUGGCGUAUCUCUUGCAACUGGCUCGUUCGACUCGAAUAUCGGCGUUUGGCAGCGUGAAGGGGCGGAGGAUGACGAAGAGGGCGAUUGGGAGUGCGCUUGUAUGUUGGAGGGGCACGAGACGGAAUGCAAGUCCGUUGCGUGGUCUCCGGAGGGAAAUCUCCUAGCAAGUUGCUCUAGAGAUAAGACUGUCUGGGUAUGGGAGGCGCUGCCGGAUUCGGACUUCGAAUGCAUGGGCGUCCUCAUGGAACACACUCAAGAUGUGAAGUGCGUCGCUUGGCACCCCAAAGAGGAUAUCCUUGCAUCAGCGUCGUAUGAUGACACCAUAAAGCUCUACAUAGACGAUCCACAGGAGGACUGGUUCUGCUUCGCAACUCUCAGCGGACAUACUUCCACCGUCUGGUCUUUAGCGUGGUCGCCCGAUGGGAGGUACAUCGCCAGCGCCUCAGACGAUUGCACCAUCCGCUUGUGGAAACGUGUACAGGAGCACAAGUGGGAAUGCGUGCAUGUCAUCAAGGACGCGCAUUCCCGCACCAUCUACACGGUCUCAUGGGGCCCAGGAGAUGGUACUGGACUUGGCCGGCUGGCGAGCGCUGGCGGAGAUGGACGGAUAAACGUGUACGAGUUUAAGGACGAAGAGAACACCGACGACAAGAGCCCGCCGCGUUGUGAGCUCAUCGCAAGAUUCGAGAAUGCUCAUGGCGUAGCAGACGUGAAUGCUGUAUCUUGGUGUCCACGAGAAGGUCACCGCGAUUUACUCGCUUCCGUCGGCGAUGACGGAGUGGCGAAGGUAUGGCAGAUUAAGCGCGCGCCAUAG